AUCAACAGGUUACGAGAAACCUCCCGAAGCAAGGACCAAGUAGCUUUGACGCUAUGUCUCUGAAUGAUGGAUCUCUGCGACCACUCUACAAGAGCCUAGAGAAUCUCGAUUUGGACGUGAGUAUGUUGAGUCAUUGAUUCAAGCUUUGCAAUUGUCCGGAGCGCUACUUCUUAGUAGAGACCGGUCCAUGGCGCCUAUAUGUAUCAAGAAAAGCUGAUCCCCGCCUUCUUUUGCGUGGGGAAGCAUUCUCUCAUUGGCCGCUUCUCGACUCGUGCUCGCCACGCUCGGGCCUCAUGCCUGAUUUUCUUCACAGUCAUGGCACAGGAAGCGCCGCUGCUUUAAAGCCCAGGUUUCCAACUCCAAUCCCCCAUCCCGAAAACAAGGCUUCAACUAGCAUGAAUAUCCUCGGUUUGGUGGUUGUAUUUUCUAUUGCAUAUGCCUAUGUGGAUGAGGUGAUUCACGGGCCCAGACCAAUCAUUACAACUCAUAUCAUCCUAAUACUCGCCGUGUUCUGUGCCGUCUUCAUUGCUGGGAAUGUGUUAUGGCCGCUGUUAUGGACUGGUUUGGAGAUCAUUACCAGUGUUAUUGGCUGGUUAACGGAAUUCAUCAUCUUUGUGUAUUUUAUCAUCGGCUGUCUUCUAGUUUUUUUGGUGAUCGGUACUCUCGCACUUUUUUUCAUAAGCUUGCUUUCAUAUAUACUUAUGAUUAUCGCUAUCUUGGUAGUGAGUGCUUGACAUCCUUAAAUAUAGAUCAGACGAAAUCCAAUUCAUG